GCAGUACGAUGUGCUGUUCCGGCUGCUGCUGAUCGGGGACUCCGGGGUGGGCAAGACCUGCCUGCUGUGCCGCUUCACCGACAACGAGUUCCACUCCUCGCACAUCUCCACCAUCGGUGUUGACUUUAAGAUGAAGACCAUAGAGGUAGACGGCAUCAAAGUGCGGAUACAGAUUUGGGACACGGCGGGGCAGGAGAGAUAUCAGACCAUCACAAAGCAGUACUAUCGACGGGCCCAGGGAAUAUUUUUAGUCUAUGACAUUAGCAGCGAGCGCUCCUACCAGCACAUCAUGAAGUGGGUCAGUGAUGUGGAUGAGUACGCACCAGAAGGUGUCCAGAAGAUCCUUAUAGGGAAUAAGGCCGAUGAAGAGCAGAAACGGCAGGUGGGAAGAGAGCAAGGGCAGCAGCUGGCUAAAGAGUAUGGCAUGGACUUCUACGAAACAAGUGCCUGCACCAACCUCAACAUUAAAGAGUCCUUCACACGUCUGACGGAGCUGGUGCUGCAGGCCCACAGGAAGGAGCUGGAAGGUCUGCGGACACAUGCCAGCAAUGAGCUGGCCCUGGCAGAGCUGGAGGAGGAUGAGGGCAAACCAGAGGGCCCAGGGAACUCUUCAAAAACCUGCUGGUGCUGAGGGUCCCAUGUAGAGCACCCGCACAAUCCCUUCUCCCCUCUGGAGGCCGCGGGCACCCAGGGCGUCUGGGCUUUGAUCCCUCUCCCCUCCUCCGGGUGACCCUGUGGAAUAUCCGUCGCUGCUCCUCCCCCUGCCUGGCCCCGAGAGCAGCUCCGCUGUCCUGUCCGAGCAGCCUUGCCCCCAGCCCCCCAACCCUGGGGAGGAUCCUGCAGCCUGGUUCCCCAGCCAUGGGCCAGCUGUGAGCCCCUGAUGGGCUCUGAGCAUGGGCUCACUGCCCCGAGCUCCCCAGACAAUGGCCGAGUCUGGCAUCAAGGCCAGUAUCAGGCUCCUUCUCUCUCAGUGCAUCUUGUCUCCUGUCUGCUUUUUCUCACUUCUUCCCACUUCCCAUUCUCUGACCCUUCCCCUCCAGUGUGUGGUGUGUUUGUACCAGAGCCCCACAUCCACUCUCCCCACGUGUCUCAUAUGGCCGCCAGUGCAGCGCCUGCGCAAGGGAGCGGACUCAGGCUCAGGGGGAUGUUCCAUGCUCUGCUCCCGGGAGAACCCUGCCCUGCUUUGUGGGAGCUUCUUCCUGUCCUCCCUCCCCACUGCCCUGUCUUGUGCCAUGGGUCUGCCUUCCCAUGACCCAGGAAGGAGGAAUGUCAAGGGAGGAAGUAAACCCCCAACUGGUGGUCCCCACCCCUGGGGCUGUCCUACCUCCCUGCCCCAGCAUCAGCCUUGCUUGGCUGCUGCCCACCUGCCUCCUGGGGGAACUGAGCUCCAAGGCAGGUGCUUCAGAGAAAAAAAAAUGAUGCAGGGUGGCAGGGAUAAAAAGUCACCUUCAUUCUCUACCUCCCGUGCAGCAUGUACACAAUUUCUCACACCCCACUACCCCCCGGCCCGGGCUCCCGAAUUUAAAGAUGUGGACCAAGGCUCCAGGGCACUGCAGGGGUGAGGAGACCCCCGAGGCUGACCACAUACUCCAGAAAGGAGAAUGUUUGGAAGUGAAGGACCGGCUCCUGUAUAUCAGGUUAAGAGCCAGGGACAGUAGGCUGGGAUAGCAGUUUGCAAACGAGAGGAGAACUCAGCGGCAGCGGGGCUUCCUGGCCCCAUCUUCCACUUCUUGUGUAAGAAGGGUGUUCCCCACCACCCUGGCCAGUGAGGCGACAGAGCCAGGCUGGUGGUCUUUCACUAAGCCUAGCCUUCAACUCUCGAGGUUUUCCCAAGACUCAGAGUUCUCGGAAGAAGGACAGGGAGCUCAUGGGCAGAAAGCAAGCAAGCAAGCCCUGGAGAAGCAUGCUUGGUGCUGUUCCCUUCAGCCUUCAGGGCCAAGUGCUCAUCUUGCCCCUUUAGCUUCUGAGUCAGAGGUUUGAGGGCUUGCCAGCUGUACUGUGGCUACAGGUGGCUACAAAGGGAAGCAGACUCCCUCCUCCAGGGCUUUUGUUCAGGAAGAAGUUUCUUUAACCCUAGAUGGUCCAAGAGUAGCUUGAAGGAAGGAACCUAGUAGGGCUCCUCCCCACCUUCCCAAGACGGGAGAAGCCUAGGGAGCAGGAUCAGCCUUCAGCUGCAUUGCGUGGCUGGCACUAGAGCAAAGCAAAGAAUUGGGCAUCGAACAUUCACCAGCUGAGGACCAAACUCCAGGACACACACAUUUGAAGGAUUAAGAGCCCCACUUCUUUACUCCUCCAAAUAAAGGGUGGGGGUUGAAAUCACCAAACCUUUCCUCCUGACUCUUACCUAAUCAGGAGAGAGCAGGAGAGGGUAACUCAGGACGUAGAAACAGGGGAUAGGUUAGCAUAGUGGAAGGAAAAGGAAGGCAGGAAUAGUUUAUAAAUAGUCAGCUAAUGAGAAAUUUAGAAAACUGACUCUUUAGAAUGAAGUCACAACCGGGCUGAGGAUGCUUGAGGACUGACUCCUCGCGUAUCAAGACAUAUGCAGCAUCACACUGGGGUGGGGAGAUUGGCAGUGCCAACACUCAGUGUCCCCACACUGAGUGUGCCCUCAGCCAGGGACCUGAGGAAGGGGAAGUUAUACUGGGCAUUGGCUCCAACCUGUGGAUCAAUAUUGCCAUUUUCCCUGAAGAUCAGGCAGAGCACCAUUUCUCUCCUAGCCCCCUCAGGAAAGAGGGACUAUGUUUUUACUGUACCCUUGGGGUUCUGGAAGGGAAAACUGGGAUUGGGGUUUUAUGGCCUGAUAUGCCCCAUCCACAAGGGCCACAGCUGGGGACACAUGAGGGCAGGAGGAGGGUUGGGAUUUGAGGGUGCAGCUCCGCUCACCAGGUGCCAGAGUUGGCCUCUCACCCCUAAACUCAUCCAGUCCAGGAGGUGGCCUGGGACCUGGCCUUAGGCCCGGACUGUUGAGCAGGCGCUCUUGCCUGUUGACUCCUCACCACCUCCGCACCUGCUGUCUUGAGACUCAGCGCAGCCCCGGGCACUGCACCUGCUCCUGAGCCCCACCAUCUCCCUGUGACGGGUGAACUUUGUGUACUGUGUCUCGGGUCCAGUAUACGAAUUGUAAGCAGGGUUCAUCUAUUUUAAACACAGAUGUUUACAAAAUAAAGAAUAUUUCAAACCA